UUGGCUUUAAAUGCUUACGGACUCAGUGUAAUGUUUGUUGCUAAGCUACAACGUAAGGAGACGAAUUUUGGGAAAGUUGUUUUCGGAUGCUUGGUUCUUCGGCAGUUACUGUGAAACGUAGAUUCCAGUAAAGUCGUUGAUGUCCGCGAGGUAACUAGCGUUCAGGGUACUAGCAGGUUAGAGAAACUGACAUGGAGAAUUAGCCUGCGUAAAGACAAAAACAGUCCAAGCGUAAUAUGACAUUUAAUGUAAGUUAGUUCGUACUUCUGUAUUAGUCUAUUUUGAGGCUCAAUCAAUACGUUGUUUACAAUGAAAAGUAGUCGGAGCAGCUGUCCGAAGGUCGCGCUCAUCCUUUGGGUUGUCCUCGCUGUUGUUUGCGCCAGAAGUGAAAAGUCUUCUUCGGCCAUGACUGUUGUAGAGAGCUCUGACAAUCCCAGCGAGGAUGCAGAGUCUCGUGUCGAAGAUGAAGCAGACGAGGAGGAUUUGGAAGUGUUCUAUCCUACAGACAAAUGGCAGACUCUUAGACCAGGACAAGCGGUUCCAGCUGGUUCUCACGUCAGACUCAACCUCCAGACCGGACAGAGGGAGGUUAAAAAGGGUGACGAGGAGGGCUUCAAACAUUGGAAAGAUGGAAAGAGGCAGGGAAUGGUGAACAUGCAGGCACCGUCUUUUACUGCUGAGGAGCUGAAAGAAGCUCUGAAAAAGUUCAAAGAGGGGGCAGAGGACUCCACAGACAAAGACAAAGGCACAGAGAGGGAUGAAGAAGCAGUGAGGGCCCAGUUUCGGCCGCUGGAGGAGUUAAAGAAGGACAUGGCAGAGCUGGACAUGCUGAUGGAAACAGAUAUCCAGGUUAUUAGGAGAUUGCUGUCUACAUACAACAGCACAAACAGUACUGUGGAGGACAAGGUUGCUGCCCUGUUGGACCUGGAGUACCUCGUUCAUCAGGUGGAUAACGCCCAGAACUUGGUGCAAAUGGGAGGACUGAGGUUGGUGAUUGAUGCUUUGAACAGUACGGAUGUUCGGCUACAGGAGAGUUCUGCAUUUGUGUUGGGGUCCGCGGUUUCCAGCAACCCCACCGUGCAGGUGGAGGCAGUGGAAGGUGGAGCGCUACAGAAACUGCUGACCUUGCUCGCCACUCCACGACCUUUGGGAGUCAAAAAAAAGGUGCUGUUUGCUUUGGCGUCCUUGCUACGGCACUUCCCCUUUGCUCAGAGCCGUUUUGUGAACCGGGGGGGUGUCCAGGUGCUGGCCGAGCUCUUCCAGGUGACUGGGGCUGAAGCUCUUCGUCUGAGAAUCAUCACCGUGCUCUAUGACCUGAUUGUAGAAAAGGAGCUGAUCUCACAGGCUGGUUUGGACUACAUUCCAGAUUCUUCUCACCAAGAGAAACUGAGACAGUAUGCUCAGGUCUCUCUCUCCCCCCUGCUGGCCGAGCAAGGCUGGUGCAGCCUGGUGCCAGAGCUCUUGGACUCUGAGGAGCAUGACUGGAGGGAGAAGGCUUUGCGUACUUUGUUAGCCAUGAUGCCGCACUGCCGAGCGCAGUACCAGCAGAACCCUUCUCUGAGCCGGACCCUCAGUGACCUGCAGAGACAGUACCAGGAACUGGCACUCAGUGAGCAGGAACUCGGCGAGGAGGACGGCUACUUUGGCGAGAUUCUGGCUUUGCUUGACUCUGCAGUCUCAAAAAUGCAACAAGCGUAGGCUGUGAGAUGGAGCUCCCUACAGACUAUAAAAAUACAAAACGCUGAAUGUUCUUCCCGGGCACUCUGUUGUCUUAGCAGUUCCCAUUGUGCCAUAUGCUUUUCACAAAUGUUGUAUAAAAUUCCUUUGACUUUUCUUUUUUUAUUUCAGAACUCUUUGUCUGACCCUCAUUAGACAGAUGAGGUAAAACUAUUGGCAUGAAGAGUCUAACAGCUAUA